AUGCUUCACAGCGCGGUCGCCCAGGCCAUCGUUUCAGAGCUGCCGGCGCGAGCGGCGCCGUCGCCCGCAGGCCGGGCCCGGGCGCUUCCUGCCGAACGCCCGAGGACACGCUCCGCCGCCCUUGCGGCGGUGCUUGCCGGUGCCCGAUGCGGAGCUCGCUGGAGGCGAAUAGCCCUUGGCGCCUCCCGCGACAGCGAGGGCCGGAAGAUUUCGGAGCCUCCGACCUUCGAUGCGAGCGACGCGAGCUCCGUGCUGUCGACGCACCUCGUGGAAUUCCGGGAGAGGCCCUUCGGGGUGUUGGCGUAUGCUCCGAGCACGAGUGGUCGAGGCGCCAUGGUCUGGGAGCUGGGAGCGGAGCGGUACCCGAAUGACCCACAGGGCCGUGCCCGGCGGUGUGGGGUGCAGGAGGGCUUCAUCGUGCGGAAGAUCAACGGCCAGGAUGUGUCGGCCUGGGACUUCGACGACAUCCUGGACGUGCUGGGCGACAAGACCUUGGACAACUCCAGCGGCAAGUUCCAGUGCCUCUCGCGGGGCUCGCGGAAGUCGUCGGCCGCGGAGCUGCCGGUGAGCCUCGAGUUGGUGACCUGCCGUCCCACAACGGCGCCGUCGGUUUCAGCGCAUGAAGCACCCUGUGAAGCGGCCGAAGCGGCGGUUUCAGCGCUGCGGUACCCUGGGCCUCGAGGUGUGGACGACGCCUUUGUGGCGCAGCUGCUGCGAGUGCAGGGAGAGCACCCGGGAGAGGUGGUGUUCUCCUUGGAGGAGGCGAUUCGCCUGGUGGAGGAUGCAAAGCGCGUGUUCCAGGGCGAGGAGACCCUGCAGCGUGUCCAGCUGGACCAGGUGGUGAUCGUGGGGGAUCUGCACGGCCAAUUCUUCGACCUGCUGCGCAUCUUCGAGGCCUUGGGCCUGCCCUCGGAGGCCCGGCCCUUCCUCUUCAACGGCGACUUCGUGGACCGCGGGGACCACUCGCUGGAGGUGAUCUUUACGCUGCUGGCGCUGAAGCUGCGCUUCCCGCGGCAGGUGAUGCUGAACCGCGGCAACCACGAGGCCGCGGAUUUGAACCUCCGCUACGGCUUCGCCCAGGAGAUCCGGGACAGGUACGGGGUGCAGGGGCGAAGGCUCUUCGACGCCUUUGCUGAGGCCUUCAGGUGGCUGCCCCUGGCCCACGUGCUCUCUGACCAGGUCUUCGUAGUUCAUGGCGGGCUGCCGGGGCCAGACCCCCGCCUGCCCUUCAAGGACGAGGGCGGGGCCGGCACUGGGUACGCAGCCCAGGCGGCUUCAGGGCGCCGGGGCGGCGGCCAGAAGCUGUCGCUGCUGGGCUACAACCCGGACAACGUGUCGCUGCCGCCGCGGCGCUGCGAGCUGAGCCUCGCGGACAUCGCAGCGCUGCCGCGGGGCGCGGACCCGGCGGUGGAGCUGGGAGCGCUGCGGGAGCUGCCGGAGGAGGAGGCGGAGGUGCAGCGGCUGAUUGUGGAUCUGCUUUGGGCGGACCCCAGGGGCAAGACGGGCUACGGGCCCUCCUACCGGGUUCGCAAAGGGUGCUACAUCUUCGGGCCGGACGUGACCUCGGCCUUUCUCCGGCGGAACGGCUUGCGCCUCAUGAUCCGGUCCCAUGAGGUGAAGGUCGCAGGCUACGAGUGGACGCACCCGGAUUGCAUCACCGUGUUCUCGGCGCCCAACUACUUGGGCCACGCGCAGAACCGAGGGGCGGUGAUCCAGCUCGCCCUCGACGAGCAGGGGUUCCUGGCUCCCUCCUUUCUGAGCUUCGCAGCUGAGGGCGGCCUCGUGUCCUCCUAG